AGUAGAUGCACCUGCACGUCGAAGAAAGUGUGUUGUAUUCUUUCUCCUAUGGGGAAGAAAGCGAGUAAAUUGAAAGAGGACGUCCUCGAAAGGUUAGAGAAUGAAACUUAUUCAGUCACUAAGAAGGAGAUAAAGCAAUGGUAUAAGGGGUUUAGAAAAGACUGUCCUGAUGGAUUGCUAACUGAACAGGGAUUCUUAAGAAUAUAUAAAUUAUUUUUUCCACAAGGCGAUCCAUCAAAAUUUACGUCUCUCGUUUUUAAAGUAUUCGAUGAAAAUCAGGAUGGUGCCAUCGAAUUUGAAGAAUUCAUCAGAGCUCUGUCUGUCACGUCACGUGGGAAUGUUGACGAGAAACUUCACUGGGCAUUUAAACUUUAUGAUUUAGAUAAUGAUGGAUAUAUUACCAGAGAAGAGAUGUAUAACAUAGUCGAUGCCAUUUACCAAAUGCUAGGUAACCAAUCAGCAGAACAAGACGACGACUGCCCUCAAGAGAGAGUUGACAAAAUAUUUGAACAAUUAGAUAGCAAUCAAGAUAAUAAAAUAUCUCUGGAAGAAUUUAUAGAAGGUUCAAAACUGGAUUCGAAAAUCGUUCAAGCCUUAUCUUUAUAUUCGUCUUAACGUUAUUUUUACAUAUACAUUCACCUCCUUGGGUUUAUUUUUCUUUAAGGCUGAUUGUAACCUCUUUGAUUACGCACGGGAUCUCCGACAGAUGGAGUUAAAAAAAGUAAUGCUUUUUCUAUGGGAGGAUCCUUAUCCAAAUUCUC